GAUUUUGUAAAGCAAAGUGAAAGUAGCAUGGCAGAAGAAAACAACACAGUUGAGGGGUUGCCCCCGAAAGAUUUAUUAAAAAGAUUUCAUUGUUUGCAAGGAGAAAGAGUGGAAACGUAUAGUUUAUUUGAAGAGGGUUUCCAGGCAUACUUGAAUGGAGCUCCAAACUAUAAUUUCCCAAUGUACAGACAACUUGUUCAUGAAAUAACACAAACUUUCUCUAAAAUCUCCCAAGAUAUCAUAUUAAUUGUAAAGGAGUUAGAGGAAAUCCACAAUCUGACCAGUAUAGCUUCCAUUGUCUCUGGAAUACAAAACAAUGAAAAGGACAAACUGGAAAAGACUGUUAAGUUACAACUAGCCAGACAAAAUGCCACAGACCAUCCUAAUGAUUCCAGUUUUAAAGAAGAAGAAGGAGAUUUGAAAGAAAGCAUUCAAAAUGUUAUACGGGACAUCAACGAAAGAAUGGAAGAGCUGAAGUUUGAAUCCGAAGAUCUGUAUGCUGAUGAUUUGGAUGAUGAGAAAGAUGAUGAAGCUGCAGAAAGAUGACAGUUUCAGGAGACUGAAGAAUACUGAACACAGUAUCAUCAAAUUAUGUGGUCCAUGUACAGUUUAAUUAUUCCGCUAGAUUUAACAAAACACAAGAAACUGUAAUGUGUGAAAAAUAUUGAAAUAUUGAAGAAAAAAUUAUUCAAUCAAAAGUUUAAUCUCAUUAUAUCUGACACCAGAACAAGAUGACAAAUGAAUAAAAGUUGGUAUAAGUACUGUUAUAUUUGGUUUGAUAAAUAUACACUAACGAUAGUUAAGAAUUUGAAUUGGAUGUGAUUUUAAAUUAAUUGUUAAAUAAAGAUCUGUAUGUUUGAUAAAGGAAAUCUAUAUUUACCAUGUGUUUGGUAUAUAUGUAUGUAAUUUUGUUGGCAUAUUAUUAAAAUAUAUUAUG